AUGGCUCUGCAGAAGUCCCUCAUCCUGUUCCCAUUGCUUGUCCUGGUGUUUGGAUGGGUCCAGCCUUCUCUGGGCAAGGAAACUUCUGCCCAGAAGUUUGAGCGGCAGCACAUGGACUCAACUGGCUCCUCCAGCAGCCCCACCUACUGCAACCAGAUGAUGAAGCGCCGGAAUAUGACCCAGGGAUACUGCAAGCCUGUUGUAAACACCUUUGUGCAUGAACCCCUGGCAGAUGUCCAUGCUGUCUGCUCCCAGGAAAAUGUCACCUGCAAGAACGGGAAUUCUAACUGCUACAAGAGCCACUCCGCCCUGCACAUCACUGACUGCCGUCUGAAGGGCAACUCCAAGUACCCCAAUUGCGACUACAGGACCAAUCAACUGCAGAAGCACAUCAUUGUGGCCUGCGAAGGGAGCCCCUUUGUGCCGGUCCACUUCGAUGCUUCUGUGUAG